ACCGCGGCAACACGUUUUCGCGAGUGCUCCCGGGGAGGUCUUGCGUGGAAACGAACAGCUGUUGUUCACCGUUUCUUCCCGAUCUUCAUUUUGGAGCUUUCUUAAGAAAAGCGAGAGAUCGAUGAAAGCGGCGUAGAAUAAUCGAUUCGGCAUUGAUGAAAGCGAUGUAGAAUAAAUCGGUCGACUUCGGAUUGAUAUAUGUUUCGGACGUGGUGCGAAAUUCGCGAUUUGUGAGUGAGAGACGAGCUCUCAAACGGGGAAAAAGCUGGCGAGGCAGAUCGUGACAAGGGGGAAGAUUUCGGAGCUGUUGGAACUGUUGGUGCUGCGCUGGGCCAGGAUGUCGUUCUUCAGGGGUUUGUGGAAGAGCAGCUCGAAGCACAAGAAGCUAUGCGAGGAAUGGGCGCUGGCGAACAGCCGCGAGUGCGUGGAGGGUAGCGGUUCGACGAGCACGACGCACGGGGAGGAAUCUGAGGAUGCGUCUGAGGCGAGGUUCACCCUCAAAUAUUUGGGCAGCACCCUCGUCGAAACGCCUUCGAGCGAGGAAGCCACGGCGGAAGCUAUUAAGACCGUUAUCACCAUGGCGAAAGCAAGCGGAAAAAAAUUGCAAAGGGUCUCUUUGGCUGUGAGCUUGAGAGGAAUUAGAAUGACGGACUUGGCCACCGAAGAGGAUCAGCUUCAGGUGUCAAUAUACAGAAUUUCGUAUUGCUCGGCGGAUGCGACGCACGAUCACGUGUUCGCGUUCAUCGCGACGAAUCUCAACGAGACGAUGGAGUGCCACGCGUUUCUCUGCCCGAAGAGAAAAAUGGCGCAGACAGUGACGCUGACUGUGGCGCAGGCCUUCAACACGGCUUAUCAGGCGUGGCAGUUGUCACAGUCCGAUCCUAGGAUCCAUCACGCGCAGGAUAAGAGCCCUCCCUCGACAGGUGACAGUAUCGAUAAUGAUGAGAAGAAUAGCGCCAGCGAGACAAAGACUACUAAUGGCAAGAUUAAUGAGCAAAAUAAGCAGAAUGGCCAACAGCGGCGUAACGACAGCCAGAAAAAUCUUUUAAUUGAUUUGUCAAACGAUCCCAAACCAGCGGGAAAUUCAUGGGUAUGCUUCGAGGAGGAUUCGGACAUGAAGAAGAGCCAGAAGAAGAGUGCGGGAAGUAACAAUAGUAUUCCUAUGACAACGCUUAGGCACCACACGGCAUCCACUCCGGCGCAUCACGUGGUGCCUCGACCGAGCGCCGGUUUCAAGGUGCAAAACGCCUGGGGCGAAUCCAGGUCGGUCGACCUGAUGUGUUCGUAGCAGGCAGGAUAGCCGGCGGCCGACAGUUUCAGGGACGUGCCGUUGAUAACGGGCCUCUGGAAACACCUCUCGGACAACGGUCAAUCUAAAAAGACCAACGGCAAUCAUUAGAAUCCUCGCCGAACUGUCCCAGCAGCUUCCGAUCGCGAGUUUAAAACUUCGAAAAGGCGACGAUCUUCGCCGAUUAUUCAUAUUUUUAUCGAACGCUGAAGUGGAGACAGCGUGGAUGCCGCAGCGGUGUCUAUUUUUGUGUGUGAUCUUCUUAAUGAAACUACAUUAUAAGUCCGAUGGGGUUUCUCAUAUUCGAUGGAGGGACGUGGAAAAGAUUGCGGAUGAUUCUUAUCAAUGUAUACCGAUGACAAUGACAAUGAUGGUUUCUUUUUAAAGAGGAUUAACCCGCACCAGAGAGAUCGCGGUAAUCGGGGUGGGAUCAAUUUCUAAUGGAUUUUGUAUAAUACGUAUAAUAUACAUAUACCUGUGCCAAUUACUUUACAUACAUAUCGCACAAACAUUACUAAACAAGAAUGUGAGUGUCAAGACACUCACUUAUUUAUCGUUUUUAAUGGUAUUAACUCUGGAAAUUAGACUAAAAUUAGUGUCGUACAAUUCACGUUUCUAGAGAAUCCAUUGAUGAAGAUCGAUUUUCGAUUCAAGGUUCAUCGGAGAAUUGAAAGUCUCGAUGUGACGACCAGAUAGGUAUUUUAUCAAACAAACCAAAUUUUUCUGAAAUUAACUGAACAUAAUUUAUUUUUAUUCAAUCCCGAUGUCUAGUGAGGAAAACAAAUAUACGCGCCUGUAGCUGAUAUUUUUUAUAAAUUGUUAUUUUAUUUUUAUAAUUAAUUUGUAAAUGUUACUAUAAAUCUUUUAUAUACAUUUUUUUCUCAAAUAUUUACGGAUAUAAUAUUAGUUUUUGCAUCAAGAUCUUCAAUUGUACAAUGAGCCGAAAUUAUACAAUUUUAGCGAGUGAAAAAUCUCGCGAGCAUACACCGAGCUUUGUGCUAAAAAUAUGUUCCGUCCAAAUCGGAAAAUAUUGCUGCCAUAUUUUAAUCCCGUAUAUGAAUCGAAUGUUUUACAUAUAUAUGUAUGUACACGUGUAUCUACGCGAUGCAGUGGGCGACUAAAUUGUUUAGGAGCAAUUUUCGAGUGAAUUUCGGUAACAUAAAAUGCGUAUUCCAGAGUUAAUACGUGUCUGUUAUUUCCGUUGAAAACGUACGAUAAUAAAAAAAAGAAUUGAAAAAAAAAACGCCAGGUUUCGUAGAUCGAUUCCCUCUUAUGGUGCUGGAUAGAGAUGAUCCCUAAUUGUUGAUAGUCGGGCACUUGAUUGAAUAGCUGGACUAUUUCUUAGUUAAAAUUCGUUGAAAUUUCUUGCAAAAAAAAAAGAAUCGUUUGAUUAAAUGUAAAUGAUUAAAUAAAUAUCGAGAAGGCCGCGUUAUAUUCAUACGAUAUUGGGUGUAAUUUGCAAUUAGCUCAUACGUUUACGUGACAAUUUGAUAUUCCCAAAAAGAAUUUUUAUAUUCCGAAGGGAUCAUUUGCCAAACGGGCUUCGUUGCGCUGAUGAAGAUUUCAUUGAUAAUAUCAGCGGCGAGCUAUUGCCGUCAAAAUACCGCAAUAUUACGUAUUACGCAAUAUUAAAUAUUAAUGUGUUGAUGUAUACGUUAUGAAUAAAUACGUGCGCGUAAUAACUAAUAGGGCGCAAUGAUGCCGCUAAUAAUCGAGGAGCGUUAACUAUAUUGAUAUUUAAUUUAUCGAUUGUUAAAUCGUAAAUAUAUUGUAUUCUGGUUUUA